AUGUCUCGCGGCGGCACCACUCUCUACGUGACCGGCUUUAGCCACGGCACCCGCGCUCGCGACCUCGCCUACGAGUUCGAACGCUACGGACGACUGGUUCGUUGCGAUAUCCCCGCACCGCGGUCUACGUCUUCCCGGCUUUUCGCUUUUGUUGAGUACGAGGACCGUCGUGAUGCUGAUGAUGCCUACCAUGAGAUGCACAACAAGCGCAUCGGUCGCGAUGACAUCUUGAAGAUUGAGUGGGCUCGUACCCCUCCUUCUGCCUCAUGGCGCUUCGAAUCUGGACGCGACCGUGACCGACGUGGUGGUGCUCGCUCCCCUCGACGUGGACGCUCUCCUUCUCCCCGCCGGAGCACUCGCGAUUAUUCUCCUCGCAAGGACGACCGCAGGGACCGCGACCGAGACUAUGACCGCGAGAGCCGACGUGACAGAGAUCGCUCUCGCAGCCCUGACCAUCGGGACCGUGAGCGUGACUCCAAGGAUGACCGUGAUGAUCGCGACCGACGGGAGAACGGUACGAAUGGUGACGAGCGCAAGGCUCUGGACAGUCCUCCUCCUGCUCACGACGAUCUUGAUGUUGCCGAGUAG